AUGGGUAACUUACAUGCUCACCAUGAUUCCAGUGUGCUGCCAGAUGUCGAUGAAUGUACGGUGGUGAAUGGAGGCUGCCAGCAGAGCUGUAUUAACACUCUGGGCACCUUCCACUGUGAAUGUGAUACUGGAUACAGACUCCAUGCUGAUGAACGCACCUGCAUAAAGAUGGACCCCUGCACAGGUGGGAAUGGAUAUGCCCACAUCUGUCAGAGUGAGAACGAAGUGGCCAGGUGUGCCUGUCACCCAGGCUACCAGCUGUCUGAAGACAAAAAGGCCUGUGAAGACAUAAACGAGUGUGUGGAAGGGCUUGCUCACUGUGGCCAUCGUUGUGAAAACACAGUUGGAUCUUUCACUUGUGCCUGUCACCCUGGCUUUGAGCUGGGAGCUGAUGGAAAACAGUGUUACAGGAUUGAAUUGGAAAUUGUCAAUAGCUGUGAAAAGAACAAUGGUGGUUGUUCCCAUCAGUGUGAACAUGCACUUGGUGGGCCCUGUUGUUCCUGUAACCAUGGACACCAGCUUGAUUCAGAUGAGAAAACAUGCAUAGAUCUUGUUGAAUGUGAGAGUGAAGAAGCUUGCUGUACCCAGCUCUGCAUCAACUAUUUCGGAGGCUAUGAAUGCAGUUGUCGGGAAGGCUUUCAGAUCAGUUCUGAUGAUUGCGGAUGUGAUGCUAAGGAUGAUGAGCUAGAGGAAGAAGAAGAGGAAUUAGAAGUCGUGAGAUUUGCAGGCCUUCUGUUCAAGAGCACAUCUCAACUGCUUCAUUAUGUUGCUGCCUUUCUGCCUCCCACCCACCAAGAUGAAGAAGAUGAGGAGGAAGACGAAAAAGAUACACAAGAACUGACUGCUUUGCAAAAAGUUGUCUGUUUAGAUCACACCUUUGGACAUGAUUGCAGUUUGAGUUGUGUGGACUGCAUGAAUGGAGGCAGGUGCCAGGAAGGAAGGAGGGGGUGCUCCUGCCCAGCUGGUUGGGGUGGCAUUCUUUGUAAUGAAAAUGGUGGAAUCAUCUGUGAUUGUCAGAAUGGAGGCACCUGUGAUCCUCUGACUGGGCAGUGCCAGCGUCCCCUGGGGGUGCAUGGGAAAACCUGUGAACACGGAUGCCCAAAAGGAUUCUUUGGGAACUGCAAAAGGAAAUGUAACUGUGCCAAUUGUAACAGUGGCCAUUGCCACAGGGUGUAUGGCACCUGUGUGUGUGAACCAGGGUGCUAUGGGAGGUUUUGUCAUCUGAACUGUCCCAAGGGGGCCUACGGGGCUGGCUGCUCUUCAGAAUGUCAGUGUGUGGAGGAGAACACCCUGGAAUGCAACGCCAAAAAUGGCAGUUGCACCUGCAAAUCUGGUUACCAAGGCAACAGAUGCCAGAAAGCAGCUACUGAAUAUACUAUAUUGGAAAAUGCUUCUGAGAUUCCCACUGUGAAGGAAAAUGAGUUGAAACUUGCCCCGAUGGCCUCUGAGGACAAGAGUGCCAGUUCUCCUGUGGCCCCUGUGAGAAUGGAGGUCAAUGCAACAAAAAAACUGGAAACUGUGACUGUCCUUCUGGUUACACAGGAAAAGCCUGUACCACAUGUUGUCAGGGACACUGCAGCUGUAGAUGGCCUCGGAGGUUAUAACUGUCACAGUGGAGACACUGUGAUCUUAGGAUUGCUCAAUUUUGUCCACCAGGCACAUAUGGGAAGGACUGUAAACAGCUAUGUCAAUGUUCAGCUGAGAAUGAGGACUGUCACCCAGUCACAGGGAGAUGUACCUGUCUGCCUGGCUGCCAUGGAAACUGCUGUCAUCUCCAUAAAAGGGAAAGAAGAAAGUGUCAUCUUGUCUAGUUUAGUCUCUUUCAGAGCUGUGCUUCCAAGUGAAAAGAUUUUCCAAGAGAAAGGACCUAAGGCAAAUAUCAAAUAUUUUGAUGCAGGUCAAGCAGAAUGCCCAAAAGGCACUUAUGGCCCAUAUUGCCAAAAGACUUGUAAGUGCCUAAAUGGCGGCAACCGUGACACCAUGAUUGGCACCUGUGACUGCCUUCCCGGUUUCAUUGGGGCCGACUGCAGUCAAACUUGUCCUGAAGGUCACUAUGGGCAGAACUGUGUCCAGCACUGUUCCUGUGGCUCAGGACAGUGUGACCCAAUAACUGGAAGGUGCCAGUGUUCACCUGGUCAGAUGGGAGCCAGGUGUCAGCAAGAUUCACCAGUUUCAUCAACGCAUUUCAACAUUCAGGUUGAAAGAUGA